GAUGUCGAAGGUCUAAUAACUCACUUGAUCAAACGCAACCGAAAGUCGUUCCAGGAUGCUGUUCAUUUUUGCUGUGCUAGCCUGCCUUGUGGCCUCGUCUAUGAAAAAUGUUUCUGCAGAAAGGGUCCAUACCGAGAGAGACCUGAGACGCCACAUCUUCGUUAAUUAUGACAAGCUCGUGAGACCGGCAUCGCAUCCUGAUAAUACCAUCACAGUGUCAGCAUCCCUCUCUCCGAUUUACAUUAGAGAGUUGGAUCCAAAGAGUCAAGUUUUAGUGAUCGAUACAUUCAUGAGAAUGAAAUGGAAUGAUGAUUUUCUGAAAUGGGAUCCUUCUGAAUUUAACAAUAUCACCGUAUUGCGACUGCCUAAUGACCUCGUUUGGAAACCAGAUUUGUCCAUUUACACAGCAUCCCCUGACAGUGCCUUGUUCCCGACAUCCAACACUCAAGUUCUUGUGUACAACGAUGGAACUGUUCUCUGGGUACCUUUCUUCACUGUCAAAAGCAGAUGCCCUUUGCUGAAGAAACAAGAGAAAAAUUACUUCGAAUGCGUUAUCAAAGUUGGCUCAUGGACGUACAGCGGAAAGCUUCUCAAUAUUCAACUAUAUACACCAGAGGUUGACAUUUCCGAUUUCGACAAUUCUAAUCCCGACUGGAAACUUGUGACUGCAAAAUCAGAUAGACAAUCCAAAUUCUAUCCCUGCUGUCCAGGAGAAGAUUAUCCUGUGAUGCAUUUCAAUUUGACUUUGAAGAGACGCUGGCCAGCCAUGUCAAUGGAUAACGAGGUUUAAGCUGGAUAAAAUUCCAAUCAAGGAUUCCGAAUUUCAUCAGUGCUAUAGAUGGACUGAUUUUUAUGGAACGGCCGAACAUGUGGCAAUAAGCGCUUAAGGAUUAUCUUAUGAAAAUUCGUUGUAUGUUUAAUUUGUAUGAAUAAAAAAGAAAUGCA